CACCGGAUGUGCUGCCACCAAAGCGCGCCAUCCGUAGAAGAAGAGGCUUUCCUCUUUUUUUUCCAUGGUGUGGUCAAAUGAUACUUAUACCAAAACGACGGCAUUGCAGUCUAUCUCGUAAAGAACAUCAGUUAAUCAGUGGCCCGUUUUCGGCAAGAGUGAUAAAGUCAAGUCUCAAUACGGCGGUACUGUCAAUAUCAUAAUAAGGUGCAACGGAGGGGGUCCACGUUGAAGGUGAAUACAUUCACCCUCGGUCCGAUGAUGGAGCAACAAAAAUCCAGCUCGGGUGUGAGUUUAACUGGGGGGAUCUGCUUUAGCUGUGAGCAGAUCUUUUCCAGCCAGACAUUUUUGGAGCAGCACGUCUGCCCCUCUGCAAGUUACAUCUGCUCCUGUGGGACUGAGUUCAGCAAAUAUGCAGACAUGCUGAACCACAACAGCACUCAUGAACCGGGACAGCAGGUGCUGGAUCACGAAACAAUAAGGAAGCGCAGAUUUGCAAAGCACAUUGAAGAAGAGGAGAAGCUGAAACGAUUUAAGUCGGGUCAAGUUGUCUGGAAGGUACAAAAAGCGGAUAGUGGUCCUGCAGCUUCUUUAUCGCUGAGGCCAGCACCCAUGGCAUCAGCUUCCUUGCUUCCAAAUACCAUGCGGUCUUCACAGACCUCCCAAGUGCCUUCCUUGUAUCCGUCUUCAUCCUUGCUCUCAAAACCUCGCCAAGCUGGAACAGGCAUGCAGAAAAUGUUUUCCGAGGUUGGUGCACCAACGGUGGAUCUUUGGACACUGUACCAGCCUGUGGUGUUGGUGCAAACCGUUCACCAGUAUAACAAGUGGAAGCCGUACACUUGUGGUAAAUGUGGCGAGGGUUUCAUCAACAAGCGCAUGCUCAUUUCUCAUGCUUACAGCCAUGUCACAGAUAAAGUUUCUGGCUGUAUUGGAUGUGGGUUGCUGCUUUCCAGCAGAAAGUUAGUGCCUCGCUUCCAUGUUUGUAAUUCCCCCAACUCAACGGCCAAAUUGAAAAUCGUCACUGCAAGGCCGCUUAACUACAAGCGCCCUAUUACAUCCAUAGACCUGACUCAGGAGUCACCGAGGCCUCAUGCCACAUACGUCAACAAGAAUAAAAGCAGACAGAUGCUUCAAGUGACUUCAGCCCUGCAAUUGAAAAAUCUAAACAUUCGAACAUACACCAGAAACUCUCAGGGACCUCAUGUCUCGACGUCCCAGCAGUUGAAAAAGCAAAAUUCCAUCGUCAACAUGCCCCAUAACACAGUUGCGUCCAAUAAAAGCAAUUGGAAGCGUCCUUCCUCACCCGCAAUGAGCUUACUCAGCCAACCCGUGCAAACACCCUCGGACGGAGAUGAGUUCACAUGUCGAGUUUGUCACAUCCCCUUUGACAGCACCCAGCAGCUCCAGAGGCACAAGUGCGCCAAAGCUGAGGAGUUCAUGGCCAAACACGGGCGCUUUGGCAAGCUGAUAAAGCCAAGGAGAAUCAUGACAACGGUUUCCAAGCCCAAUGUCACUCAAGUCAACGGUGAGAUAAACCAUACCUUCCCAGCUGGCGGCAACAAAGAACAAGUCAGCUCCGACAAAGGUGCUGGUAAAGCGGAUACAGGAGAUGAUUUUGAAGAUGAUUGUUACAUUGUGGAAAGCCAACCAGAGAAACCUGCUGAAAUGAUCUACCAGGUUACCUCAUCUGUCCCAAUUAAAACUUGACCAGUGUACAUGUCCAACAUGGAGCUAGUAUUGGUCCAGGCGUCAACAUCAUCUGAUUAUGUGCAUUCCAAAGGAAUAUCCUGUUUUCGGACACUUUUUGAACUUUAAAAAUACUUAUGCGUGUAGAUUGGAUAGAAUUGAAUAUGCAUUUUAUUUUGCUGGACCCACACUAAAGCAUCAAAAAAUGUAUGUAUAUCCACCAGUGUAUUUAUACUUUGGCUUCAAGUGAUAAGAAUGAUGGCUGUUAUGAUAAAAUUUGUGGUUUAGCCAUGUUUCAUUACAGCAACAAGGCACUGUAUUAUAGUUUUCUUGUUUUUUUUUUGUUUUUUUUUUGCUUUCCUAAAUUAGGUUUUAGUGUGAUCAGAAUGUGUUAGGUUGUAAGAAUUUACCUCCAUGACAUGUUACUUCCCACUGUUGUAUUUUAAACAGUAUGUAUUAUUAAACUAUAUUUUCAAAUUCUCA